GCCCUCAGCCACGGCCCUUCGUCACCGAAUCACCAUGCCAAUGGCAGGUCCCGGCGGAGCGAGGCUCCCUCCGACGGUCGGACGAACCCACAAGAGGCCGGUGUAUGAGCCCAGCCAGUAAAGCGGCCCAAGCUGGCCUUCAGGCGACCAGUCUAUGUACUCAGGUCCGCAAAACACACAGGGCGCCCAGGGGAAUUCAGCAGACUCAGUGUUACCAGGGUGAAGACGGGCAAGGCUGAGCUCGAAGUGAUGAAAUAGUAGAAAAGAAGGAAAAGGAAGGAGGUUUUGGAGUACUCUAAUCCAUACCACUCAUCAAUAUCAAAUAACAUCCAGCCUCGCGAC